AUUCUUUAGCCGAUGUAUCGGCCGUUUAUGGGCGGUCGGUAGACCAUCGAGCGUAAGUACAAUAUCGCUGACACAGUUGAAUGGCAAGACUGUGAGAGAGCAUGGGGAAAGAAGCGAUUACCGAAAAAGGCUGAUCUCGAUGAACCGCUGCACCGUUACCGAUUACACGAGAUACAUGGUGCUCCUUCUGGUAACAAUAUAUGAUGUAUUCAUAAGGAUGUACACCUACACGAAAUGCAACGCCUGCACCAGCAUAUUCGUCUCUUGAUGUUCGCUACACGCGGUGUGGCACGGCGCGGCGCGGCGCGGCGCGGCGGCCGGGCUCGAGCAUGCACCGAUGAAGCGUGUGGAGUCGAAGAGAACGGGCUCAGGCGGAAAGAAAGAGAAAGAGAAAGAGAGAAAGAGAAAGAGGAAGAGAAAGAGAAAGAGAAAGAGAAAGAGGAAAAGAAAGAGAAAGAGAAAGAGUUAUAUACACGUACGACGUACGGUCACCCUGCGAUCGACUCACGGGAGUAAAGGUUUUACCGAUGGCAUACCCCAUACACGCAGAGAGUAGCAUAUAGCCAGAGGUUCCCACACUGUAAGCCAUGAUUUAUUGGCCUGCCACCCGCCAGACCUGCUGUCAUCAUCGUCCCAUGGUUGGUCCAAGAUACAGCGAAGCGUACCGUAUAUAACUUCCCUUUCUGCACGAUCUUCGCGCCAUAUCAACUCCUUCUUUCCUCGCACCCCGGCGAAACAGGAAGGUCUCGUUCGAUGCCGCUCUAAAACCGUCCAUCCACCUUGUUUUACCUUAUGUAGCCCGAUAUCUACCUAUCUAUCUCUCUCGUCGUUAUUUAAUAAUUACCUCUUUCUUAUCUCCCUCGCCAGCAUUAUCUCCGCGUAGGUAACACACACGGCUUCUGUUUUUCUCUUUCUCAAGCAAGGACGGCAGUGUUUAUCGAACGGUACCUUUACUUCAAAGUUGAUUCACUAGCGGUAACGCGGUUAGCCGCGUUUCGUAGAAAUCGCCUCGAAUUAUUCUUUUUAGACUGCUGUUAAUUGCGACCGUGUCUCUCGUCGUGAAGGCUGAUACACUUGUGCGCUUGAUGCAUCCAGCAGGAAUACUUAUGACGUGAAAGUUUUACUUGUGUACUCAAUUACGAAUCAGGUUUCAACGAUUCCGUGCCAUAGGUCGUUACUCUUACCGUUCUCUGUACGUAAUCGCUGCAUGUACGCCAUGCUACAAACAUAAACAAUUACACGCAUAAUCCAAACUUAGAGAAGUGGUCGCCUCAUCUAUCUUACUUGUACUAUUCGAGGAAAUGAAAGAGGCGUUUCGUUUGCGUUCACCGUAAGACCCGAUCCGAACGAACGGUGUAACGUGGUCAUUUUCCAGCGGAGGCACAAUAGGAUUUAGCAGUUUCGAUAAAGUUUCGAUAGACGAUCGUAAUUGAAUGCAGAAGUCCGGCGAAUCGUCCAGCGAAUCGUCUAGCGAAUCACCGCUGCGAAAUCUCUCGUCCCCAUCGAGCGUAAAAGUCAAGGUGCACGAUGGAGAAAAGCAAGAACGCAAGAAAGCGUCGAAGGGGUAAAGCCGCGAACAGCCCCUCGAGGACAACAGUGUUGGCACUUGCUUUUCGUCUCAGUGGACAAAUUGGCGGAGACCUCGGCAACCAUUCGUUCGUCUAAAAUUCCUCGGAAUCAGGGUCACCCACGUAUAUACACGUGCUAGCACAUGUACGGCUAAACGUAACGAGUAUAUAUGGUUUGGUCGCUCGUGGGGGACGAGGCAGGGUUGAGAGUAAGGGAAAGGAGGCAAGGACGAGGAGGGGAAGGAGGGUUCCUUCCAGAAGAUGGGGCAAACACGAAGUCGCCUCGGUAGGAAGCGAAGAGGGGUUAUUUCGUUUCGUCUCAGCGUGGUUUCCCAAGCGGCAGCCUCGCUCGCCGACUGGCAUCGUCUACCGUUCGGCAUACAGUCGAACUCGUUCGCCACUGAACGACGGACGUCGCGGCGUCGUCGUCGCCGCCCUUCUCAUCCCACAUAUUUUCUCAUCGCAGCUCAGGAAAAUCGGUCACCACGAUGCGUCACGCGCAACCACUCGGCUUCUUCCUUCUCGUAUUUGUGUCAGUGUACGCGCGCCGUGCCACCGGUUGCGCUUUCUGCGAAACACUGUCCCAGCAACAGCUACAGCUGCGCCAGCUACAACAGUUGUCGCAGCAACAACCGCACCAGCAACAAGGGUACAAAACGAUCGGUAGCCCGAGGCCUUUCGGUGCCGAGAAACCGACCAGGGUGCAAGAGUUCAACAGGACAGGCGUGCUGCACCCCGAGUACCAGAUACCAGCUACGCUUCGCCCCGGUAACGUAUCUCAGUUCUAUUACCUGAGUCCACGUGAAGGACCACCUCUCACGUUACUCGUUAGCCCAUGUAGCGGGCCGAUAUCAUGGACGGUCAGUUACGUCGAGCCACCGGAGAACAUUGAAGAAACGGAAGGAGCAAAAUUUCAAACCCGGUGGCCAGUGAAGAGUUUGAAACCAGGCUCCCCUCUUUUCACGUACGAGGGUGCAGAGGAUCAGAAUUUUACGAUAUCAAAGACACGCGCUGGUCUUUAUUGGUUCGAAAUUAAAUCCGUGAACCCUCCUGGUGCCAGUUUACAAAAUUUAACACCGAGCACAGUACUGCUGUACGCUACGUCAAGCAGUUUGAGCCAUAUCCCGGAAUUGUAUGCAAACGAAAUGGAAAAUCGUCACCGCUCGUUAAGAUUUCAACAACGAAGAAGCAAACGUCGGCUUACGAUAUCCUGGAAUAAAAGCAACAUAGAUCCCCACCUCUCGCACUACUGUUUAGCCGUGACAUCAGGGUCUCAGGCUCACCCCUUGACCCUUUGCGCCGCGCAAAAUGUUCUACGCGUUUACCAGCAUUCGACGAAAGGGAGUUCCUCUUCUAAGGAACAGCAACAUCGCGGCAUUCCGGAAGGACUUCAUUGCGUGCGUCAAACAAAAUUGACGCUUCACAGGAUGAAGUACGAUACUACGUACAAUGUUACCUUAUACGUGGUAAAUACGAGAAAUAAUGUGUCAAAUCGAAUAGCGACUGACACGAUCAAAUUUCGGAAGACACCGGAAUUAAGACUACGCACUGGACAUUAUACCACAGCUAAUUUGCGCAAAACCGAUGGAUUCAUCAGCUUCCAUUAUCGUCCUCCGGGAAAUACUUCGAGCACCUUUCAUAUUCUUCCUUGCGGUGGUGGCAUCGUUAGAGCAAAAUUAAGUGGUCCAGGAAUUUUAAGGGAAAAGGAGGUAGUAGGAUAUGCAUCGUUAAGAGUACCACCUUUAACAUCAGGGAAGACGUACACAUUACGGAUAUCCGCUACACCACAGGAAUUAGUACGAGUAUCUGCCAUUAAAGUACUAGCCACCCAACAAUCAUCCGCGAUAUAUCCACAGAUUCCAUCUAAAAGUGCGCCACGGGAGUACAGAUCCUUAAGAACUUGCCACGAAGUGACAGUAGGGGUAGAGUCGGCAGGUUCUGCUAAGUAUUGCAUCCUCGUACGAGAAUUAAAGAGCAGUUCGUCAUUGGCCAGCAUGACAACAAUUCCAGACCAAUGCGGUCUUCAUCGUCGACGACGUUCCGAGUAUACGUUCGAGGUCUGCGAAGAGAAACAGAGUCCAUCGAAAGAUCGAGCGCUUCCGUUUACCCUUAAAAGAUUACAGCCAGGGAAAUCUUAUCUCUUACAAAUUACAGCUCAAUUAAAGGGACAAUCUUUGUCCUAUCCGUUGUUGACUGUACGCACUCGACGUUCUUGUCUACCUUGAUAAUCAUCGAGGAAAAUAGGCAUAGGAACUUUGAUCGCACGAUAUAUUACUCCGUUUAGAACUUUGUAUUUCCUAUUCUUAACUAAUAAAUUCUGAUAUUCUCUUUCUUUCUUAUGAUGAAACGAACGCACAGACAAUCGAUCGAUUACUAGUAAUUAUUUGGAGAUACACUGUGACGAAUUGUAGAAAGUUAAGAUCUUUUGAAUAUAACUUGUAUAGAAUUCUGCUGUUUAGAUGCAAUCUUAUUUAAAACGUGCUCCUUUAUUUUACGGACAAUGUCCGAUUUAAAAUAUCGGUCAGAAUAUACAAACAGAAAUUAUUGAGAAUAUAAGAAGAAUUAUCCUAAGCGAAUAUUAUGUACGAUAACAAAGAUAUUUCUAUUUUUGAAAACCGUGGUGCGAAUUACUCGUUAGUUCUCCUAGUUUGAAUGUUCAUUAAUGAAUUGUUUAAACAGCCAACAUUUAGAAGUCAUCGAGUCUUUAAAUUCCCAAUACACGCACGAAUCUAUUUUCACUGAGAUCUAUUCGUUGUUACGAACAAAAUUUACGUGUCACUGUUUCAUUUAAAGAUUACUCCGAUAGAAUGAUAUGUAUUUAUCAAUGUGUAGUAUAAGUAAAUUAAUGUUCGAUAAUCGCUUUGCUAUAAAA